AAAACCGUGACUUCUUCUCCUUUCUCUCUUCCUUGAAAUUUCCUUAAACGACGAUCCCUUGCCCAGCGCACAAGUUUCAAUCGUCUUCCCUCAACCCAUAGUCUCUUCCUUUAUCCCUUUUCUUUUCUCCCGACAAAACAGAUUCAAUUUCAGAAUUCAAAAUUCAAGAUUUCAUCUAAAGUUUGGAGAUUUCUCUUGAGAUUAUGGUGAAAUCGGCGGCGGCAGACGACGGUGGCGGUGGUGGUGGGUCUUCUUCAGUUGCGCCGUUCUUGAGAAAAUGUUACGAGAUGGUUGAUGAUUCUUCUACUGAUUCUAUAAUCUCGUGGAGUACAAGUGCUGAUAAUAGCUUCGUUAUCUUGGACACGACCGUCUUCUCUGUUCAACUCUUGCCUAAGUACUUUAAACACAGCAAUUUCUCUAGCUUUAUCCGUCAACUCAAUAUCUAUGGUUUUAAAAAAGUUGAUGCAGAUCGUUGGGAGUUUGCGAAUGACGGGUUUGUGAAAGGUCAAAAGGAUUUACUGAAGAAUGUUAUCAGGAGGAAGAAUGUUCAAAGUAACGAACAGAGCAAACAGGAGAGCAAAAGUACAACAGAUGAUGGUCAGGGAAAGCUUGAGAAGAGUGGAUUGUGGAAGGAAGUUGAUAUUUUGAAAGGGGAUAAGCAGGUGUUGGCGCAAGAGUUGAUCAAAGUUAGGCAGUACCAGGAGAUCACAGAUACUAAGAUGUUAAACUUAAAAGACAGAGUUCAAGGCAUGGAAGAGAGUCAGCAGGAGAUGCUUUCGUUUUUGGUAAUGGUUAUGAAGAAUCCAAGUCUACUAGUCCAGUUGCUUCAGCCAAAGGAGAAAAACAGUUGGCGUAAGGCAGGGGAAGGUGCAACGAUUGUUGAAGAAGUGACUGAUGAAGGAGACUCAAACUCAUAUGGUCUUCCUUUAGUCACAUACCAGCCACCAUCAGACAACGGAGCAUCGAAGUCAAGCUCGAACGACCUGAAUGAUUUCUUGAGAAACGCCGAUAUGAUGAAGUUCUGCUUAGAUGAAAACCACGUGCCAUUGAUCAUACCUGAUCUAUACGAUGAUGGAGCAUGGGAAAAGCUUUUGUUGCUGAGCCCUUCAAAGAAGAAGACAAAGAAGCAGCAGGAGAACAGUUUGAAGAAGGGAAAAGAUGACGAUACAUUGGAGGAGAUGGAAUCAGACAAGAGCCGGCUGCUCGAGCUGAUAUCAGAAGAGAUGGAGAAAUCAGAUGACUUUGAAUAUGGACAGCUUACUCCAGAAAGGUCUAGGAAUCUUGAUAUUAUGACUGAGCAGAUGAGCUUACUUGCUUCUAAUGAAUAGCUCCUGCACCUGCAUUGCUGCAAUGAACCAGAAGCUGGAUUUUUGAACAUAUCAGCCUCAACCUUUUGUUAUGUAACCUUUUGAAGUAGGCUCUCGGAAUAUUAUUAUUAUUAUCACCGGAGCAAAUCCUCAUAGAUGCUUAUAGCUUAAGGCGUCUUGCUACAAAAAAUAACAUGGUUGAGACUUUUUUGUUUUUGUUUUUUGGCAAAUAAUAUAAAAAUCUUUUAGAUGAAA